CGGCCGCGGCUGUGGUCUGAGAGAAUGAACCAAUGGUGGAAGAGAAGAUACUGCAAACUGGCUGCCUGUUGAUGAAGAUGAUGUUUUAUUUUAAUGGCAGGCAUCUGUAACAGAAAUGAUGGCUGGUUGUGGUGAAAUCGAUCAUUCAAUAAAUAUGCUUCCUACGAACAGGAAAACGAAUGAGUCCUGUUCUAAUACCACACCUUCUCUAACUGUCCCUGAAUGUGCCAUUUGUCUGCAAACAUGUGUUCACCCAGUCAGUCUACCCUGUAAGCAUGUUUUCUGCUAUUUGUGUGUGAAGGGAGCUUCAUGGCUUGGAAAGCGAUGUGCUCUUUGUAGACAAGAAAUUCCAGAGGAUUUCCUUGACAAGCCAACCUUACUGUCACCAGAAGAACUCAAGGCAGCAAGCCGAGGAAAUGGUGAAUAUGCCUGGUAUUAUGAAGGAAGAAAUGGGUGGUGGCAGUAUGAUGAGCGUACCAGUAGAGAGCUAGAAGAUGCUUUUUCCAAAGGUAAAAAGAGCACUGAAAUGUUAAUUGCUGGGUUUUUGUAUGUUGCCGAUCUUGAAAAUAUGGUUCAGUAUAGGAGAAAUGAACAUGGACGUCGCAGGAAGAUUAAGCGGGAUAUCAUAGAUAUACCAAAGAAGGGAGUCGCUGGACUUAGACUGGAUUGUGAUGCUAGUGCUGUAAACCUGGCAAGAGAGAACUCUGCAGAUGGAGCGGACAGUGUAUCAGCACAAAGUGGAGCUUCUGUUCAGCCUCUGGUAUCUUCUGUGAGGCCCCUGACAUCAGUAGAUGGUCAGCUGACAAGUCCUGCAACACCAUCCCCUGAUGCAAGCACUUCCCUAGAAGACUCUUUUGGUCAUUUACAGCUCAAUGGAGAUAGCAUAACUGAAAGGAGUCAUCGAGGAGAAGGAGAAGAAGAUCAUGAAUCACCCUCUUCAGGCAGGGUUCCUGCACCAGACACCUCCAUUGAGGAAACGGAAUCGGAUGCUAGUAGUGAUAGUGAGGACGUAUCUGCGCUAGUUGCACAACAGUCCUUGAUCCAACAGAGACUUUUGGUUCCUAAUGCAAACCAGACAGUAUCUGAUAGAUCAGAUCAAUUGGGAAAUGAUCGAUCAGUGGCAGGGGGUGGAACAGUGAGCGUUAGAUCUAGGCGGCCUGAUGGACAGUGCACAGUAACUGAAGUUUAAAUAAAAUCUUCAGCGCUAUGCUCAAGGUUAAAGUGGUUAUCUGUAAAUUUCUGCCCAUGUAACAUUAUACUCAUCCCUAGUAGUACAUUUUGGGAAUUGGGGUGGGAAGGGGUAUGGGAAGGAUAGACUUGUAAUUAAAAGUCUAACAUGUUUCUGUUGAGAAAUUUAUUUAAUGUAAGGAACUUGGGUGUUAAUAGUUGAGAGCUGUAUUAACCCAGUUUUCUUGAGGUCUGUUUAUUUUAUAGUUCAGUUUUGUUUUGUUUUUAAUUUCUUCAGUUCUUUUGGCCAGUGUGUAUUAUCUGUGCAUUACUUCCAGUUCUCAUGACUUUGCACCGCGUCUUCUUUUUCUGCAUGAAUUGACAUAAACCCAUUACUAAAAUCUGGCACCUCUAGAAUGUCUGGUAUCAGUACGAAAGAGAACCUUAAUGUGAGGAUAGAUGUGAAUUGGAAUUUUAAAAUAGAUGAAUAACAACUAUUUAAUAGUAAAGUUACUGAAAUGGAAAUGUAAAGAUAACAGCUAAUAACUUAUGUUUCAGAAUGUUGUUUAUAACAUACUUCAUGGUGUUCCAAUAGGCUUUGCUGUCUAGUCCUUGUAGUUUGAGAUUUCUCUUGAUCUGCAUUUUUCUUUUUGGUUACAGGAUUUAUAAUUUAAUAAAUUCUAGAGUUUAUCAAAAAUAAUUUGUCUUUUAUUUGAGUC